GAGCACACACCUUGUUCUGGCCCCAGCUGCUCCACAGGGCGCCCGGCAGCGUGAGCCACACCGGGUAGCGCGCACUACUGGCCGGCUGGAGAUGUGAGCGACCACGGUGAAAGUGCUCCGAUAAAAAGGUCCUAUGUUGGAUUAUACAGCCUCCAUUUAAAAAAAAAAGUGCUUUUCGGCUACAUUUGGGAGCAACGGUGGUGAGUUCAGCGAGGAAGAUGCAGUUGUCGGUGCGCCUCGCAGUCAGGCACCGAGGCUGGUGAUGCCCGCCGCCGUGCGGGCAUCGCCGGCAGCCGCCAGUAGCAGAAGGGCGGCAAACCAGGGCGGCCGAGGAUGAGUUUAAGAUCGAGAGCAUGGCAAGCGGUACUAUCAUGUUAAAAUGUGUCGUGGUCGGAGACGGUGCAGUGGGCAAAACGUGUCUUCUCAUGAGCUAUGCCAAUGACGCCUUUCCGGAGGAGUACGUCCCAACAGUCUUUGAUCAUUAUGCAGUGAGCGUCAAUGUCGGAGGAAAGCAGUACUUGUUGGGACUGUACGACACUGCCGGCCAGCUCAUUCUGAAAUGGAGAGGUUCCAACCAGAUGUCAACCAGGCAGAGUAGAGUUACCACAGUUCAAAAUCCAUCCUCCGCUGCCCCUGACUCUGCUGACCUCUUUUGGGGCGCAGGAGGCCAGCUGGAGGAUUAUGACCGACUCAGGCCAUUGUCCUACCCGAUGACCGAUGUUUUCCUCAUCUGCUUCUCGGUGGUUAACCCUGCCAGUUUCCAGAAUGUGCGCGAAGAAUGGGUGCCUGAAUUGCAGGAGUAUGCACCUAAUGUCCCCUACCUACUCAUUGGCACCCAGAUUGAUCUACGUGAUGACCCAAAGACCAUUGCCAAACUGAAUGAUAUGAAGGAGAAACCUAUAGUGACUGAGCAAGGCCUGAAACUGGCAAAGGAGAUUGGUGCAUGUUGCUAUGUGGAGUGUUCAGCACUAACCCAGAAAGGCCUGAAGACUGUGUUUGAUGAGGCCAUCAUUGCCAUUUUGGCUCCCAAGAGAAAAAAAGGAGCUCUAAAGAGAAGACUGGGACCCCGUUGUAUUAACUGCUGUCUGAUCACAUGAUACGUACACAUCCUCAUUCAGCAGCAAACUAUACAUGUCCUGGAAUUACACAAAGACUCAGGCAGAUAGUUGAGCAAAGGCAAAGAAGAGUGCUGACAACGACUGAGUGACAUUUAAGCUGCAAUGCACUCGAAAGAGCAUUACUGUCUUCUGCAGAGGCAGUCAAUCACAAGGAGCAAAAACACCAAGAGGCUCUUCUAAUUCAGGUGUUUUACAUCAAAAAUCCAUAAAUCAAAUUUUUAAAAGAAGCAGUUUCAUUACAAAAGGGAGUUUGAUUUGUAAAAUGCUUAAAGAAUAUGACUAUAAUGAUUUUUGAUGCCAUAGCGAGAGAGAAUUCUCUAAAAGUAAAAAGCACCAUAUGGCCAUUUUUGGAUAUAAAGGCAAAGUAGAUUUUUUUUUUCUGCCACCAGGUUUGUCUCCCAUUAUUUUUUUAUUUGACAACCUGUAGAAUAAACCAUCUUGUGUAUCGAGGAUUACUAAAUCAAAAAUGGAAAUGUAUAAACAAAUUAUUUUGGACCUAGAGCUAUUUUUUCAUAUUUCUUUGUCAUGCAAUUGUAUGUUGUACCUUUAUCACUUUUAAAGUGUCAGAGUAUAGACAGUUGAUCUUUUAGAAGUGAUUUAUUUAAGUAUAACUCUCAAAGAAACACAUGCACAUACACUGUCCUUAAAAGCAGGAGGCAAAAAUGACCUUACACUUUAUAUUAAAGGCUCAACAGAUGAAGCACAUUCCUCUGCUUUUAAGCAUUGCCCAUCUUCCAGCUCGGGGAUGCACUGAGGAUAUACAAACUUGCAGGCAUAAGCUUGAGCACAGUUUAUCAUCAUACAAACUUGUAAUCGUAAAUCUAAUUAUAGAUUUCCAUUUCUAUGCAUGAGAUAGAAAUUCUCUUUGCUAGAUUGUAGCUUUUCAGACCACAGGGCCAAUUGUUGAGCUUGUAGUAAAAAAAUAAAUAAAAAUUUGUCGGAAAAACAAUUUAGAUUUACAAUAUGUAUAAUUAGGUUAGCCGGCACGGUGGACGACUGGUUAGCACAUUUGCCUCACAGUUCUGAGGACCUGGGUUCAAAUCCGGCCUCGCCUGUAUGGUGUUUGCAUGUUCUCCCCGUGCCUGCGUGGGUUUUCUCCGGGCACUCCGGUUGCCUCCCACAUCCCAAAAACAUGCAUGCUAGGUUAAUUGAAGACUCUAAAUUGCCCGUAAGUGUGAAUGUGAGUGUGAAUAGUUGUUUGUUUAUACUAUAUGUGCCCUGUGAUUGGCUGGCGACCAGUUCAGGGUAUACCCCGCCUCUCGCCCAGUCAGCUGCGAUAAGCUCCAGCACGCCCUCAACCCUAAGUGAGCAUAGAUGCAAGCGGUUCAGAUAAUGCAUAGAUGGAGGGAUAAUUACAUUAGUUAAAUCUACACCUGCUAGUACCUGCUAAAUUAGACUGUAAUCUUCAAUGAUAGUCAAGUCAUUAAGGCAUAUAAAGCGGAAACAUUUUAGUAUCCUUCCUCACUUGUUACUGUACGUAAUUUACAUUACAAUAUUUAAUGUGGCCAUUACCCAGUGCCAAUAAAUGUAGUACAUUGUUAGAUGAUUUUCAACCAAACAGUAGCUACAUAUUUUAUACUUAAGAGUCAGUAGGGUACAGAAUUUCAGGAAGUUUGGGUGUCUGAUCAAAGAAAGAGGGAAGAUGCUAAAUGAAAGAAUGAGAUCACUGCAGCCACAAUGUGUCUUGUGGUCUGCUGCAGUAUGAACCCACAAAGGCUUAUUUCGUUUUUCCCACUGUUGCUGGGUGAUGUUUUAGACGUCAGUGAGGAAACUAUUAACGGAUGAUGAGUUUCUGUGAGCCAUUGCUGCUUAAUGGUUCAUUGACGGCUCUUUUGGAUAAAGAAAUGAACGAAUAUGAACCACAGUAAGUUUGUAUACAAUAAAAUGACACACUGACCGGACUUACGGAGUCACCCUUUACUACAGCAAAGAUAGGAACAAUGACUUAAGAGGAUUUAGACAAUAAUUACCAGUCGUUAAUGAAACAUUUUGAAUUUGUUUACUAAGGAAAGAAAACAUAAUAUCCAUCCAUUCUCAAUACAGCUUAUCAUGUGAUGGAGCCUAUCCCAGCUGACUUCGGGCGAAAGGCAGUGAACUGGUUACCAGUCAGCCGCAGGGCUCAUAUAGACACGGACAACCACUCGCACUCACAUUCACACCGUCUCUGAGUGGGAACUGAACCCACUCUGCCUGCACCGAAGUCAGGCAAAUGCACCACUACACCAUCAGUGACUGAAACAAUAUUUGUGACUCACAAUUUUAUUUAAUAGAAAAUGUGUCUUUCCCAUUGCAUUUGGACUGUUGACCAUCUAGCCGUAUCUUAAAUUGCCAGGUACAGUCUGUUCCCUUCUUAGUUCAAGACAGAUAAAAGACAAAGGGAUUAAAAACAACAUGUAAAUGUUUUUAAUGAACCGGUGUCAAUUGAAUCCAACAUUUAUAGUUUGUUAAUUUAUAUUUGUAGUAAAUUUCAUCAUGUAAUAUCAUACAUUUAGAUCAGUGGUUCUUAACCCGGGUUCGAUCGAAACCCAGGGGUUCGGUGAGGCAGUCGCUGGGGUUCGACGGAGGACUCUACACACACUGCGUGUGUGUCCGUGCUUUAUCCGUAAAAGCCUUUUUACACUGCAUUUUGAAUGCGUUGUUCAUGCCGUUCAAAAUGCAAGGGAGCAUCAAAAUUGGCGUUCACCAUUGCGGCUUUGCGCCUUGAGUUGAAAUGCUUUGUUUACCUUUAUUUAACCACAUUUCAACGAUACAGUUGACUUGAGUAGCAUUGCUGUGCCGUCAGACACCACAUCCAAUUAUAAAAAAAAAAACAGCCCAAAAAAUGUACCCUUACCAAUGAACCCUUUUCAAGGAUUGUAGAAAUAACAAAGAAAAGGAACACUUUGUGAAUUUUAACAACGAAGUCCGUUCCUCUGAUAUGAGAGUGGCAUUUACCAAAGGGAAUGGCAACAGCAAAAUUCAUAUUCACUUAUAGUAAAUUUUUAUUGAAUUUAAUUUUUUUUUUGUUUUUUGUGUGAAAUGUAUGUUUUGUUAGUUUUGUUCUUUUAACACAAUGAUUUUGUGUGCAACUGAUGCGUUGUUCAUUUUGUGCAUGACCUGGAUGACUGAGAAUCUACAGACAAUAAAAUAUACACCUGUUUUGAAUUUGAAAUAAACCAUGUUUUAUUUUUCAAAUUAGAAAGGGUUCCGUGCACUCCGUAUGAAACUUACAGGGUUCCGUCCCUCCAACAAGGUUAAGAACCACUGAUUUAGAUGCCAUAUAAUGUCAGGUUUACAAACCCACUGGGCACUGCACUUGUGUCUUAAAUUUUACUUUUCUUGCAAGCCAAAUGUCUCCAAAAAUGACCUAGAUAUGUUUUAUUCAUUUGUUGUUGGCUUUUUGCAUGUUUUUAAACGUGCCAAAUGUUGCUAAAGAACUGUAUAUGUUCUGUGCAGUCUGAUACAAUAAGUUUGUGAUGCUUUAAUGUAAAUGGUGCUCCUUUUCUCUACCCCAACUUGCACGACUGUAUUGUCGCUUUGAGUCACAGGGUGUGCUGUAUCGCAAGUCGGCUUUUGCUCGCUUAUUCCAGGUGAGAGUCCAUCCUUGGAACGUUGGCUCUAAAGAACUGCAACCACUAGUGCAUUGAUGCUCCUGUCUACUACUCAAUAAAAGUGUUUUAUUGUGUUAAAAUGU